GCGCGGUGAGCUUCUGGAGUCGCUUAUUUGGCAGAUCGUCACGUUUUUUCCUCCUCCGCAAUUGCCUAUUUCUCUCUGCUGGGUGAAGAUGUGGCUUUGCCGUGCCCUAUCUUCUUCAUCCCCUUCUACACUCAACAACCACUGAGAGGAGAUAAAAGGGUAGAGAGGAGAGUUGGGGGUUAGGGAUCAGCAGUCUUUCUCUACUCUGUUGAGGAUUUGGGAGUAACCAAUCUAAAUUUUCUUUUUUAUUGAAUCAUCGCUCCUAUAUAAACGAUGAAGAACGAUACUGGCAUCUCUGCGGCCAGGCCUAGUGCGGGAUCUGGGGACGGAAAUGCUGCUCGGAGGAAUUCGAACAGACCGAAAUAUUCGAGGUUCACCCAGCAAGAGCUUCCAGCAUGCAAGCCUAUUCUGACACCACAAUGGGUGAUCUCAGUAUUCACUUUGAUUGGCGUAAUCUUCAUUCCUAUCGGUGUCGUUGCGCUGCUUGCUUCUAAUGAUGUUGUUGAAAUUGUGGAUCGGUACGAAAUUGCAUGCGUACCACCUAACAUGACGCAUGAUAAGAUUGGAUACAUUCAGAAUCCAUCUAUUAGCAAAACCUGUACACGGAAACUUAAGGUACCCAAGGAUAUGGACAAGCCUAUUUAUGUGUACUAUCAGCUUGACAACUUCUAUCAGAAUCAUAGGAGGUAUGUUAAGAGCCGAAAUGAUCAACAACUGAGGGAUGCUAGCAAAGCUAAUGAGACGAGUGGCUGUGACCCAGAAAAAACCACUGCAGAUGGAAUGCCUAUUGUCCCUUGUGGUCUUAUAGCAUGGAGUUUGUUCAAUGACACAUACAGCUUCAACCGUGGAAAUGGUGAAGCAAUGAUAGUGAAUAAGAAGGAUAUUUCAUGGAAGAGUGAUAGGGAUCACAAGUUUGGAUCUGAUGUCUAUCCCAAAAACUUCCAGAAUGGAGCUCUAAUAGGCGGUGGAAAGCUGGACCCCAAGUUAAGUGAGCAAGAGGAUCUUAUUGUUUGGAUGCGUACCGCGGCCCUUCCAACAUUUAGGAAGUUGUAUGGAAGGAUAGAUGUGGAUCUUAAGGAGAAUGAUAUCAUUACAGUGGCGCUGGAGAACAACUACAACACCUACAGUUUUGGUGGCAAGAAAAAGCUGGUACUUUCAACCACAACCUGGCUUGGAGGAAGGAACAGCUUCCUUGGUAUCGCAUAUCUUUCUGUUGGUGGCUUAUGCUUCUUCUUAUCAACAGCCUUCACUGUAGUAUCCUUGGUAAAGCCCAGGACAAUUGGGGAUCCUUCCUAUUUGUCAUGGAAUAGAAAUCCUGCAAGUCAAUAGAUGUUCCGUAGUCCAGUAAUGCUUAUCAAUGUUGCUUGUUUAUUCAAAUAUCCUUCCAUCUGCUUAAAAGAUAUAAGCUUACUUUGUAUUUGAAUCAGUUCUAACAAAAAUUUUCUAAGUAGUGUAUGAUUAAUUACUUGAGAUCGUCGCCAUUCUUCCAGCUGAACCUGAAAAUUAACUCCCUUUACUUGCAGAAUCUUUUCUGCCAGCUUUUUUUAUUUUUUAUGUUGAGUCUGUUGUUGUUCUCAUUUAUCAACCUGAAGAGAGUAUUUGUCUCAAAACGUUUGAAUUAUAGUCAUGGCUAUGUAAAUAAAUUUUAUGCUAUUAUGUUUCAAAUAUUAUAAAUAUUGGGAGCCCAAAUUGAGGCUUCGUUUAA